ACUGGUAGAGGGGCCACCACGGUUGUGGGGCCACCAGUCGUUGCUGAGGAACGUCCCAAACUCGUCGCUGCAAUACAAAUUUAAAGCAGAAAGAGGGGUUCCUCUUCAUAUUGUGGCACAAGGCUAUCCUUUUUGGCAAAAUAUCAGAUGUUAGUCAAAGUCUAUAAAUGGCUACUUUCUAACUUAUCCAAGGAAUGGUCUCCUCAUUAUUCUAAUAUCCCGUUAACUGCUUCAACCAUAAAUGCUGUACCAAUCUUGGAAUCACAGAGGUGCUAAAGCCAAUUUUGAUGCAUCGGUACCAAGGAAAUGUUAGCUUCCGGCAAAUUGCAGUUCAUAUGAUCAGCCGGUGCUUGGCCAAGUGUUACCGUUUUUUCCUACCCAGGAAAAUGCGAGACCCACUCAGAAGGUACCGACAGGUGUACUUAUCUAUUCUUCUGUUUGCUCUCUUCAACAUAGCAUUUUGGGCAGGAUUUUUGUCGUCUCGUUUGAGCUACGAGCAAAGAACAACUGAUCUAAGUGACGUGCACACGUUAUCGGAAGGCCAAAGUAAGCAAGAAGAUUUGCAAAUAUUGAGAAAACAAUGGGAAAUGAAUAACAGAAGAAAAUUGGAUAAUCUGAAGUUUCAUAAAAGAAAAAGAAAAUUGAAGUACAAAUAUUAUGAUGGGGCAAAUCCUACCGGAAGUAGCGGAGAGCAAAGAGACGGAGGACAAAGCCGCAAUAAUGAAGUAAAUCCAAGUAUUGAACAAAUGCAGGGGGAAAUAACUAAUGCAUGGAUAACAAAUGUACCAAUAUAUACUAAAGGGAAAUUCUGGGACAAGGUCUCGAAAGAAUCUAAAACGAAUGCCCCUGUGUCAAUAGAAGAUCGUUUUAAGAAUUUUGACAAAGAAAAUAGCAUUUUUACAAAUAAUGACAUUAGAGAGAAGAAUGACGAAGGUGCAUUUUCUUUGCCAAGUCAAAAAGCAAAAGUUAAAGUCAGCCCAAUUGAAGAAAGACAAUCCAUAGAUGAUGAUAAGUCAAGACGCGAGUCGAUCACUGAAGGAGAUGACGAAGAGAAUGUACAAAUCCAUGAAUUCAAGGUAAAAAACACUCAACAUGAAAAACAGACUGUAUCUGAAACAAUAGAUGAAACGAAGGAAGAAAGGCAAGAAUAUUCACGAACUGAUGACAACGCAGUAGAAAUAAAGUCUGCCUUUCCAAGCUACACGACUAAUCCUCCACAGCCAGCAUCUAAAGAUGAAAAGAAAGAGGAUGAAAGAUCGGUAAAAGAUGAAACGGAGGACCAGAAAGAUGAAAGCGAGAAUGAUAAAGGGGUAAAGUCUGUAAUUACUAGUUACGCCACUGACUUCCGUAGACCACAGUCUGAUGACAAUGAAAGGAAAGAAAACGAAAGUCCAGCAGCAGAUGAGACGGAGGACGAGGAAGAUGAAACGGAUGAAGAGGUUUCUCCGCUCACAAGUGUAAGACAAAAGGAUGGGACAGUGUUUUCUCACGAAGAAAUGCAACAUAAGAGAGAACAACUUCAGAAAAAUGAAAGUUUAAGUGAUACUAAACAAGUUGAAGAUCAGGAUGACAUUCAAAGACGUAAUGAAGUGGAUAGAGAGUCUCAACCAGAUACAGUUCAAAAUAGAACUCAACACCAAAGCCACACAGAUAAGAGCGAAGGUGACGAUGGAUCAAAAAGCCUAACCACUGUUAAUCACGAUCACCACGAAGCAGCAGUGAAUGAGGAUACGAGAAGAGUAAAUCACGAUUAUAAAGACGACCAGCAAGAGAAAAAUUCAAAAGAUAGUACAGAAGAAAAUAAAGGGGGCAAUGGAAACGUGCAUGGACAAGAAAGCAAUCCGAUGGACAAUCGUAAAAGGAAAACCAAAGACAACGAAGAUGAAACAAAAGAAAGUGAAGAUAAUGAUGAACAUAAUGAAAACCCGCAAAAAGCAGAUGAUGUGAGCAAACAAAAGCGAGAUAUUGACCAAAGGCAGAGAAAAGACAAAAACGAAGUCACAGACAACGAAGACGCGAGAGGGGAGAUGCAAGGUAAAGAAAUGCAAGGUAAAGAACAGCAAAGCAUGACCGAAGAAGAGACAAGGAAACAGCAUGCGCAACAUCAACAACAGCCAGAACAGCAAGAAAAAACACAGCAACAACUCCAACAACAGCAACAGCAGUUCCAUCAUCAUCAUCAGCAGCAGCAAUUCCAUCAGCAGCAACAACUCCAGCAACAGCAGCCACUCCAGCAACAACUCCAUCAGCAGCAGCAACAUCAACAACUCCAUCAGCAGCAACAGCAACGACUCCAGCAACAGCAGCCACUCCAGCAACAACUCCCUCAGCAACAACUUCAUCAGCAGCAGCAACAGCAACGACUCCAGCAACAGCAGCCACUCCAGCAACAACUCCAUCAGCAACAAGAGCAGAAGCAACUCCAUCAGCAGCAGCAACAGCAACGACUCCAUCAGCAGCAACAGCAGCCACUCCAGCAACAGCAGCCACAUCAGCAAAAGGAGCAACAACAGCCCUUCCAGCAAGAUCAGCAACAAGUCCAUCAGCAGGAGCAACAGCAACAAGUCCAUCAGCAGCAACAGUCUUUACUCCAUCGGCAACAACUCCAGCAGCAGCAAGUACAACUACAAAUACAGCAACAACAAAAACAACUCCAGCAACAGCAGCCCCACCAGCAACUUCAGCCGCAACAACUCCAGCGGCAGCAACAAAAACAACAUAAAGAAGGAAGUGACAAUAACGRUUCAGAAAGACAAACGGAAACAGAUAAACAACGAAACGGAAACCAAGUUAAAGGACAAGAAGAAUCGAACGAUUUAAAGGCAAGAGAAUCUAAAAGAGAAAAGCAGAGCAGAAACCCAAGCGAAAGACAAGAAAUAGAAAAGGAAGAAGAGAAAAGGCAACCAGUGAAAGAAAAACAACAAAACAGAAAACCAAGCGAGAGACAAGAAAAAGUCGAGGAAGAAGAGGCUAGGAAACAAGAAAAGCAAGAACAACAAAACAGAAAACCAAGCGAAAGACAAGAAAAAACGGCUAAGCUGGAAGAAGAGGGAAGACAACAAGCCAAUGAAGAAAAGCAAAACGAGAAUCUGCAACAAGAGCGGAAAGUGGCGAGUAAAGAACGAACGCAAGCACAAGAAGAUAAACGACUAAACCAUGAAAAUAGCGACGAAAAUAUAGAAAGAAACCAGCAAGAAGAGGAGCAAAGUAGAAAGCGUGGACGCGGAUCUGAGAGCUUAAAAAGGCGGGAAAAUGAGAAAAAUGCCAAUCAAGAAACAGGAAGGAAAGACGAGUCUAGUCUCCAACAUCCUCUCAUGCCAAGUGCAACAAAGAAAACAGGGAUUUUGAAGCAACUACCCUUAAUAGACAUGGAGGACCUGGAGGACAAGAGACCAAAAGUUCUUAUCGUUAUAUUUGUUUUAUCGUCCGCUUUAAGGUACGAUAGACGUCAAGCAAUACGGGACUCGUGGUGGACGAAAUGUAAAGAACCACAGGCUGCUUGUAUGUUUGUAACCGACGGAUACAUCGAUGAAACACUUCACGAUGGGCUUCUAAAGGAAAAGCAAGCAUACAACGACAUUCUCUUUCUUCCUGUCGACGAAGGCCUUAACUUUGGAAUGCGCCUAUUAUUCUUGAUGGAAUGGGUUCAAGCUAAAUAUAACCCUGAAUUUUUUCUUCGUAUUGACGACGAUUACUUUCUUUGUAUCGAGCGGUUGUUACACGAGCUGCCUCAAAGACCUAAAACGAAUCUGGUGUGGGGAUUCUGGCAUUGUGAUCUAACUACAGUGGUUUUUAUAGAUGAAUCUUUUAUUCUCUUGUCUUAUGAUUUAGUCGAAAAAUUUCUUUCUUGGGACGAAAAAACGUUACUGUGUCAUCCUUUUGGAGACCAGCAGCUUGGAAUUUGGUUGAACUCUGUACCAACUUUCAAGGGAUUUUUUGAUGCACGACUCCAUCACGAUCCCCCUGCAUCUAAGAAUUCUACUAUUAGGAACUUGAAUAACAUUUGUGAUAGGUUUMUAGGUCUACAUGGGACAUAUCCUGAGGACAUGAGGAGAUUCUGGUUAAGAGGUAACGACGGGAAGAAGACAGUGACUAAAUUGUACCCUUUAUACCCAAACGCUUGUCACUAUCGUCCAUAUUUUAAAUGGCAAGACAUAAAACCAAGUUUUAGAUACAAGCCUGAGUUAUGCAACAAAAAUCCGAGAUGGGAAAAUAAAAGAGAAAUGUGGACAGGAAGACAAUAAGAGUUUAAUUACUUGAAGAAAACGAGGAAAGAAAUAAAGAAAGAUAGAUAGAUAGAUAGGAAUAAAGGAAGGAAGGAAGGAAGGAAGGAAGAGAGAGAGAGAGAGAGAAAGAGAGACAGAGAAAGUAUAAAACACAGACAUAAGGAAAUGAAAGGAAGAAAUUAAGGAAUGGAGAAAGCAAGGGACCAAUUCAGUCUAAAUCUAAGUUAGGAAGUUGAUUAAAUAUGUUAAUCAUAUUAUAAGCUAUUUGAUUUAUCAGGAAAAGGAGCUCAAUAUCGAAUUCAUCACAUUAAUAAUAUUAAAAG